AUGACUUCGGCUACUUUGCGCGCGAUCACGCAUCGCUUGACCACCACCCCGGUGGAGCAAUUGCCCUCCAAAGCGGCAUUGCUUGCGACUUCGUUGAACGAUUGCGCCGCUCUUCUCUCAGCCCCGCAGGCUCAGAAGUCCAACAAGUCGGACUCGGACAAUGCUGUUCAAAUCCAUAAAUUGAAGACUAGAUUGGCUAGUCUGCUGCAAGAUCGCACCGUGGAGGGAAGAUGGACAGCUGUGGUUCUGGUCAAAGCUGCGGUUGAAGCUGGUCAAUGGGAGAUCCUGCGUGGCUACGAGCCCAUUGUUCGCAGCUUGAUUGGAAUCCUAGCGAAACCCGACCCAAUCUCCACGAGGAAGAUGUGUGUCAUCACGCUCACUCGGAUCUUCCAUCUCACGUACCAGUAUCCUACGCUUGUCCGAGAAAUCACGACUCCUCAACUCCCGGGAUUCAUCACCGCCGCCUUGAACUUGGUUUCCAUCGCAACAAAGACCCCCUCAGGCUCAAUUCGGAAGCCCAAGCCCAACACUCCAUUCAUGGAGAUUGUUUUGCACGCCUUGCUGGAACUGAUCCCUAGACAUAUCACCAUUUUCCGGCCAUUCAGCUCUCAACUUCGAUCUCUUCUUACCGAGGUCAUUGGGUCUUCGUCUGGAUACUUCCCGGGACAAGUGAUCGAAGCGGCGGAGCAGCUACUUGUGUCUCUUCACAAGUGUGCGCCCAAAGAUCAGGCGACCACUGGGUGGAAAGAUGAUUGCAAGGCCACAAUUCUGGCUAUUCAUCAAACGACCGACAAUGUUUACCGCGCCGUGGUGGAACAGUGGGAAUCAGUUGACGGUAGCUUGACUCACGCGCGACCAAACUGUAGCCAAGAAAUGAGCAGUGAAGGCCCGGAUAGCCUUGGACUGCCAGCGUGGCAGGGACUUCACUCGGGUGUAGACAGGCUACUCGCACUUCUCGAGGUCCUCUCUGGUUUCUUGUCGACGCCAUCUGCGGCCGCAGUGGCUCUUCCCUUGGGUGCUAUCCUUGACGUGACCUCCAGACUUACAUCCGUCACUGUUCCCCCGAAUGGUGAACCGUCUACAUCUGGAAUCCAAUUCAACAAGGAAAUCAGCCGUGAUGAGCGCGAAGGACUUUGGAUGGAGCUCCCUCGCAUCCACAUCGCAUGCAUGGGCCUUCUUUCCAAUCUCAUUGAAUUGAUGGGAACCAGCGCCACUUCGGUAACACAGACUGUGCUGGAGCAGGCUGUCUGGGUUUUCAAAGGCGAGAACUUCAACCAAGAUCUUCGUUCUGCUGUCUACAGUCUCCUGCGUUCCUUGGUCCCCGUCAACGGACCUGCGAUGGCAAAGGAGAGUGUCGUCUCGUUGUCACAGGCUGUGCGCUCUUGCUGCAACGAUCUCCUUCCAUCGGCGGAGAGCCCUCCGACCCAAGCAGCAAGCUCUGACCCCAAGUCGAAAUCAAAGGGCGGACAAGGCGCAGCUAAUGCUGAUGCAUUCUUGAACCCCGAGCUGCAGAAAUCUCGUCAAAAGCAAGCGUCUUCUCCCUUCUUGGAUCUCCAACAGAAUGCAUCAGGACUUCUCCGGGCAGUUUUGGUUUCGAUCCCUGCCGAGCUCGUUCCGCCUUCCGUCAGAACCGAAAUUGACCGCACAAUCAUUUUGACCACCGACAAGGAUCCUAUGUUGGCCAGCGUUUUGAACCCUGUGCCUGCGGCCAAGGGCCGUGGGCCUGGCUCCAGUAUCAUCCCCUUCUUGGUCCGGCCUUACGCCGAUCAAAUGGAAGUGGAGGCACUGGUCCGUCCUAGAAUGCCGGUUCUCAUGACAGCUCCCGAGCUCGAUGCCUAUAUCGACGAAGAAGAGGAAGAGGCGGAGGACGAGGAGAUGGCCGAUGAGGCCUACAAAGCUGCACCCAAGACUGCUGAAUUCUUGAAACAGCCUGUGUCGAUGCCCAUUCACGUCCCUCAGUCCGAGCAGCCGAAGACCACCGAGCCAGCUCCUACUUUCCAGAAGCGAACCUACACAGAGGAGUCCACAACACAGGAGCCAGCUGCCAAGAAACAGGACGUUCAGGUUAAAAAGGCACGCUUCGAAGAGAUCGUUCCAACCACCUCUACUCCCCAGCCAGUUUCACAGGUGACUUCCACCGUCACUCAAUCCGAGGCUCCCAAGGUCUCAGCCCCUGUGUCUACAACUUCUACUACCGUGACCUCGCAGGCCACGGAGGAGGUUGACGAAAGCGAUGAUGAAUUGCCUACUCUGAAUGUCGACUCCGACACCGAUGAAGAUGACGAUGAUGUCACGAUGGAUGGUUAA